GCUCGAUUUCUUAACGACAGACGUGAUCGCCGGCCAUCGAUGAACGUAAAGAGACCAUAUGUGCCGCCUCCUGGCACCUGAGGCCCAGAGAAUCGCGUGCUUGAGGUGGGACCGAUCCUCUUAUACGGACGUUGGUGGGCUGGGCAGGACGAACGUAUUGGGACAGCGGCAAAGGAGAGGAGAGGAGCUCCCUUCAAGGGAAUGUUGGCCUUGAAACAGGCCUGCGCAGCACUGGUAGUGCUGCUGCUGGCGACUGCUGCCACAGCACAGCCGCAGGGGAACAGGGAGAAGGGGCAGGCGCCAGAGGCAUGCUAUGACUCGCGGCUUAGUAACAGCACCGCCCGAGUGGCCUACACCCGCUCGGCCGGUCCCAGAGAAACCACCUUCACAUUCCUGGUGACGCCGCAGCAGCCCAUCACCACAUUUGCAGUGCGCCUGAGUGAUGCGCUCGCGCGAGACCCCAGGAGAAUAGUCCGAGCAGACCCCAACAAUGGCCAGCUCACAGGCUACAGCCCUGCAGGCGGCCCGUCAUACCAAUGGCCGGUGGCGAACGGGACAAGGCCACAGCAGUUUGCGCUGCACGUGACCAGUACGGGGCGCGGCCUGAACAACACAGUGCAGCUGACAGACAUCUGCCAGCAAGACCUGACAAUUACCGAUGCGUCUGGCAGCACGGUCUUCCAGCAGCCACAGCUGUCCAGCAACCAGCCCGGCUCCUGCAUUAUAUACGUGGGCAACGCGACGGCUUGCGCCUACACACUGAUCACAGACAAGGAGGGCGUCAUGGAGCAGCGGCUACCGGUGUCCUCCAGCAGCCUCCCGCCGGCGCCGGCCCCGGCGUUCGCUCCGGCGUUCGCGCCGGCCGUCGCCCCGGAGUCAGCCGGCGCGCCGGCGCUAGCGCCGGCGGCGCUGGCAUUCCCUCCGCUACCGCCGGUGUCGGCGCCCGCGCCGGAGCCCGUAACGGGCGUGCCGGCCGCCGCCGUGCCGGCCUUCGCGCCGCUGGCGGCGCCGGAGCUGUUGCCGGCGGCCGCGCUCGCGCCCGCGCCAGCGGCCGCCGCGGAAGCGGCUGCUGCGCCUGCGCCAGGGGCCGUCACGGCGUCGGUGGCGUCCGCUCCGGCCUUCGCGCCACUCGGCACCGUCUCCGCGCCGGCGUCUGUGCCGGAGGCCGCCCCGAGCGGCCCGGUGGCGUCGUACUCGCUGCCGUCGCCGUCCCCGGCGCCGGCUGCGCCGCCGGUUGAGGCGCCCGCGUCUAGUGAAGCGUCUCCCUCUCCCUCACCUUCACCAUCACCAUCCCCCGAGUCAUCAUCAUCCUCGCCACCCCCGCCUCCGCCCCCGCCGCCACCCCCGCCACCGCCGCCGCCUCCGCCGUACUCUGACGCCGGCUAUCGCGCAACUGUCGGCCAGAAUGUGGCCGUCGCUGAGUCGGGAUCCUCCCCCUCACCAGGGUCCGGUUCAUAUGGAGGCAACAGUCCGUCACCUUCGGGCGGGACUGAUUACAGAGGGUCGGACACGCGCGGAAGUGACCCGGUCGGCUCCGAUACUCGGGGCAGCGACCCUUACGGCAACGGCGGCCGACCCCCCAGGCCCCCGGGAGCGCCGCCGUUGCCGCCUCUACCACCGCUGCCGCCGCAGCCGCAGCCGCCGCUGCUGGUCUCAGAAAAUGACGUUGCUAGCCCGAGCCCAACCCCCUAGUCAGGCCGGGUUUUACUGGGGGCAGCAGAAGUUGCUAGUAGUAUUUUUGGAAGCGUUGGGCGGCGCGCCAUUCUGUUUGAAGGGCUGCAGAGCACUGCUGGGAGUCCUGAGCUGUGGCUGUUUGCCCUUGGUUGCUCACUGGCUGGAGCAUGGUCCAGACCUCUUCUGGUACAUAAGAGACAGGCUGCCUCGUUCCUAGAGCGGCACGCCGUGAAUUCUGUACUGAGCGCCAGAGCAUACCAACAGGCGCAUGAAUGGUGGGAGUUCUGACUUGUUUGUGCAGUGCGUGGUAGAACAAGGUGCCUGCCUGAAAAAUGGCAGGCUGUGGAUGGCAUCUGGUGUUCCUGUCUGAAACUCAAAGUUCCGAACUCAAGUUUGCUUUCUGCGUUCCGCAAAUAUUGAAUGAAUGUUUUGGAAACGAGGGCUGAGAGGCCCAGAGUGUGGAUUGACCUUAUUUAUGAGCACUGAUUGGGAAGUCCUGCAAAUUGACGCAGAGACAAAUUGGCUGUUCAGCAAAUCUAUUUUGCGGAGGAUAGGUGUAGAAGAAUUGCCAUUGAAGAAGAUGCUGUCUAUUGUUUGCAGUGAGGGCGCACACACUUUGGGUGAGAACUUGAACAGAAAAUGUUCAGGCCCAGCAUAAUUUGGAUAGGAGCCCAUGUAAUUAAAGCAUCAAAUUUCA